AUGAAGACACUCUUACGCUCAUUAGCGUUGUUAUACUCGUCGUCGUCAUCGCACUCCACGUCCAUCUCGCCGCCAUCAUCACCAUUCGUGGUUAAUAAAUUCCUGAUUCUGGUUGCAUUUUUAAUUUUCUACUCAACAUUCUGCUGCCAGCAAUUGGUGUGGGCUGAAACUUUUACUUUGGGCUAUUUAACGGGUUCCCAGAGAACACCCGGCAAUUUGGAUUAUCAAAGACCAGGUAUUACCAUAUCUGGUGCGAUUAGUUUAGCGGUCAAGGAAGUGAAUGAGGGUGAAUUGAAAUCAUUGGGCCAUGAAUUAGAUUUUAUAGUUGCCGAAACGUAUGGCGAUGAAGUCAAUAGCAUACGACAAACCGCCGCCUUGUGGACGAAACAAAUUGUUGGCUAUAUUGGACCGCAGGAAACAUGUGUCCAUGAGGGUCGCAUGGCAGCUGCUUUCAAUUUACCCAUGAUAUCUUAUUAUUGUACCCAUCGUGACACCUCGAAUAAACAUGAUUUUCCAACAUUUGCACGAACCCGUCCACCGGACACACAAAUCUCCAAAUCGGUUGUGUCGCUUUUGAUGGCGUUUAAUUGGACCCAGGUAACAUUUUUGUAUCUUGACCAUCCGGAUAGUUUGUAUCAACCUGUGGCCGAUACCAUCUUGAGUAUUUUAAAGAGUGCUGCCAUUACGGUGCGUGACGUCAAGACCUGGAAGACUAUCUAUCAUCACGGCUUCAUGGCAAAUCCUUUUGUCAAUUUAGUGCAGCAGACUUAUACAAAUACCCGCAUUUAUCUUAUAUUGGGCCAUUAUUACGAACAUGUGGGCCUAAUGGUAGCCCUGCAUAACAAAGGCCUGCUCGACAAGGGUGAGUACUUUGUUCUCGGAGUCGAUAUCGAACAAUAUGAUCCCUCGAAGCCAGAUAAAUAUUUACGCGGCCUGCUACUGGAUAAAAGCGAUGCCCAAGCGGAAAUGGCCUUUCAGUCAUAUUUGGGCAUUUUACCAACAGCGCCAAUUAAAUUUGCCGAAUUUGCCAAGGAGGUUAACAAAUAUAUGCAACUACCACCAUUUAAUUUUCCCAAUCCACUGGGUUUAUUUGGAGGUGCAAGACAGAUAAGUGCUGAGGCAGCAUAUCUUUACGAUGCCGUACACUUGUACGCAAAGGCUUUGAUUAAAGUAUUACGCCAGGGUGAAAUGCCAAAAAAUGGUACAGCUAUAAUUGAGGCUAUAAAAGGCACCAAGUAUCGCAGUGCAAUGGGUUACCAUGUCUAUAUCGAUGAAAAUGGUGAUGCUGCUGGCAAUUAUACAGUAUUAGCGCGUGGUUUGACACGCAAUCAUAAAAAUAAAACAGUUCCUGGUCUGAUACCCGUGGGUACCUUUAGUCAAACACAAAGUGAUAAAUUGCCUGAUCUCAAUAUAUAUGGCAAAAUAGAAUGGGUGGGCGCUGGUCGUCCAGCAGCAGAACCCAAAUGUGGUUUUGCCAAUGAAAAGUGUAUAAGUUAUACGGGUGAAAUAUCGGCUGGCAUUGCUGGAGGAGCAUUACUUUUACUGGGCAUUGUUUCACUGGUCCUCUAUCGCAAUUGGCGUUAUGAACAAGAAUUGGAUAGUUUGUUGUGGAAAAUCGAUUUUCGUGAAGUACAAAUGCACGAGAAUGAAAAGGAAUCCAAUGCCCAGAAGCAAACAAGGUCUACUCAUCCCCUAAUACGCACCAGUCAGGUCAGUUUAAGCUCAAAUCCCGAUGCCGAUUUUCGUUAUACGACAAUAUUCACACCAAUCGGUUUGUACAAGGGUCAACUGUAUGCAAUUAAAAAGGUGCGAAAGAAAUGUGUGGAUAUUUCUCGUGAAAUGAAAAAGGAAUUAAAAUUGCUACGUGAUGCCCGCCAUGACAACAUUUGUGCAUUUAUCGGAGCCUGUACAGAUCCUCCAAACAUUUGUAUUAUAACCGAAUACUGCACCAGGGGUAGUCUGAAGGACAUUUUGGAGAAUGAGGACGUCAAGCUGGACAACAUGUUCAUCGCUUCCAUGGUAGCCGAUAUAAUACGUGGUGUCAUUUAUUUACAUGAAUCGCCCAUACGUUUCCAUGGCUCAUUGUGCACUUCCAAUUUGUUGAUUGACUCACGCUGGGUGGUUAAAUUGAGUGACUUUGGUUUGUUUGCAUUUAAGAAAGGCAUCGAGGAUAAUUCGACAGAUGCUGUCUCGAUGGCUGCCAAAUGUACAAAAUUACUUUACCGUGCUCCCGAACUACUAAGACAAGGCCCCGCAUCCCUGGUAAUGGGUACACAAAAAGGUGACUCCUACUCAUUUGGUAUUGUUCUCUAUGAAAUUCAUACACGCCAUGGACCGUUUGGAGAAACAGGUUUAACACCCAUGCAGUGUCUGCAGAAGGUACUACAGGUCCAAGACAAUCUCUAUCCAUAUCGACCAUCAUUACAACCUCUAGAAACUUCAUUUGAUUGUGUUCGUGAAAUCCUUACCGAAUGCUGGGCUGAACGGCCCGAAGAUCGUCCCGACUUUAAGACAAUACGUGCCAAAUUGAGACCCCUGCGUAAGGGCAUGAAACCCAACAUUUUCGACAAUAUGAUGGCAAUGAUGGAAAAAUAUGCCAAUAAUUUAGAGGCUUUGGUUGACGAGCGUACCGAUCAAUUACAGGAAGAAAAAAAGAAGACUGAUGCUUUGCUCUUGGAAAUGUUACCGCGGCCAGUGGCUGAGCAGCUGAAAAAGGGCCACAAAGUUGAUCCGGAAAGUUAUGAACAGGUUUCCAUAUAUUUUAGUGAUAUCGUUGGCUUCACCUCAAUGUCAGCGGAAAGUACACCGUUGCAAGUUGUGGAUUUUCUUAAUGAUCUAUACACCUGCUUUGAUUCAAUCAUAGGUCACUAUGACGUCUACAAAGUGGAGACAAUAGGCGAUGCUUAUAUGGUGGUUUCCGGUUUACCCAUACGUAAUGGUGAUUUACAUGCAGCUGAAAUUGCCUCCAUGUCCCUGCAUCUGCUGGACGCAGUUUCAGAAUUUAAAAUCCGCCAUCGACCCCACAAUAAAUUGCUGUUACGUAUCGGUAUACACACGGGCCCCGUAUGUGCUGGUGUGGUGGGCCUUAAAAUGCCUCGUUACUGCCUGUUCGGUGAUACCGUGAAUACAGCCUCCCGCAUGGAAUCCUCGGGAGUUCCCCUAAGGAUACACUGCAGUUGGCAGUGUAAAGAGCUGUUGGAAAAAUUAGGUGGCUAUCAUUAUCAGGAACGUGGUAUGGUCAGCAUGAAAGGCAAAGGUGAUCAACGAACCUAUUGGCUGUUGGGUGAGGAUGAAGAGGCUAAACAAAGACGUACCUAUGAACGUUCUCAACGUCGAGGUUCAAGGGCAUUAAAUAAAUAUAUACAGGGUACUAUCAAACAGCAACAACAACAACAACAAUCAAACAAUCUCUCCGUGGCCAAUGACUUGGGUAUACGUUCGUCAUUGAAGAAAAUGCCCCGAAAUUCAUUGACACGUUCUUCGAGUUUGGAAUCACCAAAGAAAUUAAGAUUUGCCACGGGUUCCCUAUUGGAACAUCAUCGUUAUCAUAGUGACGAAGCUUUGAUAGAAGUCGUUACCGAUUCCUAUACGGGUUUGAGACGCUCAUCGGGUGCCUCGUGCCAUUCACGCUAUGAAGAGUCUACACUAUCUUGCCAAAGCUGUGAUGAUCUGACCAAUCUACAACGCCAAAGACGUCCAUCAUCCUAUCCCAAUGCCAAUACGCCGCUCUUGCUGAACCACAAAGAAACUUAACAAACGAAAUUAAAAGAAUAUAUAUUAACAAUAAUUAAAUAGAAUU